AUGAUUGAGAGAAUAUAUGUCAUGCAAGACAAAUACCAGGAACUGCAACAAAGAACUGCGAAUAAGCUACACGAUGCUGUCAUCCAGGUAGGAUGGCCCACCACAAAGUAGCAACUGCCUCACAGCGUCAAACCAUUCUGGGACAAUCGAGAUGAAUUAGCAAUAAUGGAUGGCGUAAUUUACCGAUCGAAGGAUGACAAUCGUAGUACCACCAUCUUUGCAACAGGAAAUGAUGGAGCUGGGGCACGAGACUCACCAAAGAAUUGUGAAAUCCAAGCGGAGAGUACGAGAAGCGCUGUAUUGGCCGGGCAUAAGUUUUCAAGUUGAAGCGAAAGUGAAGGACUGCAGUUCAUGUCAUAACUAUGCAACAGCGCAGUAGAAAGAACCAAUGAUGCCGAGCAAGACUCCAGACUAAUAAUAAUAAUAAUAUUUAAUAUUUAUAUUGCGCAAAUUAACAUGUUAUAGUAUAUGAUCAAAUGCGCAUCACAAAACAUAAUUGCACUAAAAUUAUUCUAUGCUGAAUGGUUACUAACUAAAAAUAUAAACAAGAUUAUAUAGAUUAUAUGUUACAUGAAGUAUUUACAUUAAAGGCUUCUUCAAAAUAAUAAGUCUUAACUAAUUUCUUGAAAAUACUAAAGUUAUGCAGAUUUCUAAUAUACAUAGGUAAUUCAUUCCAGAUUUUUGGAGCGGAGGUUACAAAUGCUCUGUCACCGAGUGUUUUCUUUGUUUUUGUACUGUAGUCUUCAAGCAGUGUGCCUUCGUUAGAUCUUAGACUAUAGCACGAUGUCUUUCUUACUUUUAAAAGAUCGACAAGAUAGAGAGGUGCAUACUGAUGGAUACAUUUAAAAGCAAGCAUGGCAAUUUUGAACUUGAUCCUUAAUCGAACGGGAAGCCAGUGUAGUUUGAUGAGAGUCGGAGUGAUGUGAUCAUGUUUAGGGAUAGAACAGAUAAGACGUGCUGCUGUAUUUUGCAGCCGUUGUAGUUUAGACAGAUGUACAUCUGUGACACCAAAUAGAAGACUGUUACAGUAGUCUAUCCUUGACAUUAUUAGUGCUUGGACCACAGACUUUCUAUCUUGAUAGCUUAAAAACUUUCGAAUACGUCUAAUGUUAUAAAGAUGAUAUACUACAGAUUGACAAGUCUUAUUUAUAUGAUGUGACAUAUUAAGAUUGUUAUCAAACCAUACUCCGAGAUUUCUGGCACACGAUACUACUGGAACACUAUCUUGACCAAUGACAAUACUAGAGAUGUUAACCUUUUUGAGCUGAGCAGCAGUUCCAAUUAUUAAAAACUCUGUCUUCCCAUCAUUCAGUUUAAGCUUAUCAACUGUCAUCCAAGUCCUGAUAUCCUUGAUACAAUUCUGUAGUGCACAUAUUACAUCAAGCUCAUUAGUAGCACCGUCCGGCUUAAAAGAAAGGUAUCCAUGGACCGAAGCAGCAUCUGACAUAUUUACGUUCAAGAGCAGAAACUAUGUACUGUCAGUAUAGAUUACUACUCCAAGUACAUUGAAGUCACAGAACUCAACGACCUCUCAGCUUUUAGUACCAUCGAAGUCUUGAAAUGACACUUUGAGAGAAAUGAUAUUCCAGAAAGGCUGACGACACUGUGGCACACAAUAUACAAGCGUAGAAUUUAAGAAUUUCGCAAAAGCCUACGACUUUCAACACGUGUUGAUAAGUCCAAAACAUACAAAACAAAUGGAGAAACAGAGGCGGCAGUAAAGAUCGUUAAAUCAUUGUGGAGAAAGAACAAUGACAAGCACAAAGCCCUCUUGGUCUAUCGAGCAACACCACUAGCAGACAUUGAUCUGUCACCAUCACAGCUAUGUAUGGGGAGGAGACUGAGAACCGACUUCCCGAUAGCACGCAGUUUAUUAGAGCCCGAAGCAUAUAACACAAAUGCUAUAAAGAGACGAGUGGGCCAUGUAAAGGAAAAGCAAGCCUACUACCAUUACCGCCAUGGGCAGUGGCGGCGCCAGGGGGCAAAUGCCCCCCCCCCAAUUAUUUCCCCCUUUUGCACCCCUCAAAAAAUUAUUAGUCUCUAAGAACGAAUAAACCACAUCGCAUAUAUGGGGGACGAAUGUCCUAAAGAGGGGCAUCUCCUGGGGGGGGGGCGACCUUUUCAAAAAUUCUAUCUUGCCCCCCCCCCCAAAUUUGAGUUUGCCCCUCAAAUACCCCACCCCAAAUUUGGAGGCCUGGCGCCGCCACUGGCCAUGGGACAAAAGAACUAUCCCCACUGAAAUCUGGUGAACACGUAAGAAUCCGACCAGAACCAAGGUCGUAGCUAUGGAGACAAGCAACUGUGGUCGACCAUCAUUCAUCACCUCGGUCGUACAUUGUAGACACAGGACAACAAAAGCUUAGAAGUAACCGAGUAGCCUUAAGAUUAGACCCAGGAAGAUCAACAGUGGAAGUAGCAGAGAAUGAUUACGCUACCAGCGACGAUAUGAACUACCAAGAAACCCUUGAUAACCCAAACCCGGUAAGCGUACCACCAACUCAUCACCCACCAGUAGAAACAGCAACGUCCACGGUGAAAGACAAGGAAACGUUUGUCCAGAAAUCAGGAUCAGAAACUCACCGAAGCCAUUACAUUACGAGAAGUGGAAGAAUCAGCAGAAAACCCAGCUAA